GCCCCAUCAGCUCCAGCUCCAGCCAGCUGCAGCCCUCCCCUCCAAAACCUUGCCCCUCCAACCCCUCACCUCCCAAAUCCAGACAGCUACCCCCUCCAAGCUCCCUCUCUCUCAACAUCCUUCCAAGCAUCAUCACCACACAAACCUCGAAAGCUCCCCUCGAAGAGAUUGCCCUCCAAAACCCUACCUCCGACAUCACACAUACCUACCCACCUCACCAAGAAGCCCAACAUGGUCUACACCCUCACCGUCCACCUCCACGCAAACGACCACCCGGACUCGGUCGAACGCAUAAAGGCAAAGCUCAUCGAGGCCUCGCGCGUCUACUCAAAGGACCGCGAGACCGUCAGCUGGUUCGUCAUGCAGGACGUCCACGACCCCAGGUCCUUUACCAUUGUCGAGCGCUUCGAGACGGAAUAUAGCCAAAAGUACCACCUCGAGAACCCUUACUGGAAGACCUUUGAUCCCUAUGUUGUGCCAUUGCUCGACCGCCCCAUGGACCUGAGAAGACACGAGGAGCUGGAUACUUCCAAGGACGUUGUCGUGCCCCAGUAA